UGACAGUGUAUCCGGCCAAUCAGCGUGGCUCAGAAAACUUUGUACAUGUCUAGCUUAGCCAAUCAAAUGACACUCCUUCGAGAGGCACUGCAGUGAAAGCUGCCUUUGUGUUGACAUUUUCAGGAUCAAGAGGAGAGGCCUCCAACGUCCUCCAUGAUGUUGUCCAGUAAGAAGUCAGACGCUGGCUCCUCUUCCUCCACCGCCUCAUCCACUACCGGCGCCGCUGGGGCGGAACGGGCCUCUGGGUCAGACGCCCAGUCUGGGCCGUCGGCCACUGUUCCCGGACCCGCGGACGUCAAGAAAAAGGAAAGGGCUUCCCCAAGCGGGGAGCCGGGGGGGCCCCCCCUGCCCCACCAAGCAGGUCCAGGAGCGGCGGAGCAGGACGCCGCGGAAGUCCGCAGGACGAGCCGUCGCAAGCGAGCAAAAGGCAAAGAUUGGAAAGUUUACCAUUAUUUCAAUUACCAGGUGGAGUACCGCGAGAUGGACGAGAGCCUGGCCAAUCUGUCUGAGGACGAAUAUUACUCUGAGGAGGAGCGCAAUGCCAAGGCAGAGAAGGAGAGGAAGCAGGUGGUGCCGCCGCCCGCACCCCCGCCGGAGGAGGAGAAUGACAGCGAGCCUGAAGAGCCCUCAGGUGUGGAGGGAGCCGCCUUCCAGAGCCGCCUCCCCCACGACCGCAUGACGUCGCAGGAGGCCGCCUGCUUCCCCGACAUCAUCAGCGGGCCCCAGCAGACCCAGAAGGUCUUCCUGUUCAUCCGGAACCGCACGCUUCAACUGUGGCUAGACAACCCUAAGGUGCAGCUGACGUUUGAAGCCACCGUGCAACAGCUUGAAGCUCCGUACAAUAGUGAUACUAUACUGGUCCACAGAAUACACAGCUACCUAGAGAGGCAUGGUCUUGUCAACUUUGGCAUUUACAAGAGGGUCAAGCCGUUACCCACUAAGAAGACGGGUAAGGUCAUCAUCAUCGGAGGGGGGGUGUCGGGUCUCGCCGCGGCCAGGCAGCUGCAGAGCUUUGGGAUGGACGUGACUGUUCUGGAAGCCAGGGAUCGUGUUGGCGGGAGAGUGGCCACGUUUAGGAAAGGCAACUAUGUGGCAGAUCUAGGAGCUAUGGUAGUGACCGGACUGGGAGGAAACCCCAUGGCUGUAAUAAGUAAGCAGGUCAACAUGGAGUUGGCCAAAAUUAAACAGAAAUGUCCUCUCUAUGAAGCCAACGGCCAGGCCGGGGAACGAUGCACGAGUGUGCCCAAGGAGAAGGACGAGAUGGUGGAGCAGGAGUUCAACAGGCUCCUGGAGGCAACCUCCUACCUCAGCCACCAGCUGGACUUCAACUUCCUCAACAACAAGCCUGUGUCCCUGGGACAGGCCCUGGAGGUGGUCAUCCAGCUGCAGGAAAAACACGUAAAGGACGAGCAGAUUGAACACUGGAAGAAGAUUGUCAAAACCCAGGAGGAUCUGAAGGAGCUGCUAAACAAGAUGGUGAACACCAAGGAGCGUGUGAAGGAGCUCCACCAGCAGUACAAGGAGGCCAGCGAGGUGAAGCCGCCCAGGGACAUCACGGCAGAGUUCCUGGUCAAGAGCAAGCACCGGGACCUGACCGCGCUCUGCAAAGAGUACGACGAGCUGGUGGAGCUACAGGUGAAACUUGAAGAAAAACUACAGGAGCUGGAGGCAAAUCCACCCAGCGAUGUUUACUUGUCCUCGAGAGACAGACAGAUCUUAGACUGGCACUUUGCCAACCUGGAGUUUGCCAACGCCACGCCCCUGUCCACCUUGUCUCUCAAACACUGGGAUCAGGACGAUGACUUUGAGUUCACUGGCAGCCACCUGACGGUGAGAAACGGUUACAGCUGUGUGCCCGUGGCACUGGCGGAAGGCUUGGACAUCAAGCUCAACACCGCAGUCAAACAAGUCCGAUACACGGCCUCCGGCUGUGAGGUGAUCGCGGUCAACACCCGCUCCACCAGCCAGACCUUCAUCUACAAGUGUGACGCGGUGCUGUGCACCUUGCCGCUGGGCGUGAUGAAGCAGCAGCCCCCCGCCGUGCAGUUCAUGCCCUCGCUGCCCGAGUGGAAGACCGCCGCCAUCCAGCGAAUGGGCUUCGGUAACCUCAACAAGGUGGUGCUGUGUUUCGACCGCGUCUUCUGGGACCCCAGUGUGAACCUGUUUGGUCACGUGGGCUCCACCACUGCCAGCCGCGGGGAAUUGUUCCUCUUCUGGAACCUCUACAAAGCUCCCAUCCUGCUGGCCCUGAUGGCGGGAGAGGCCGCCGGCAUCAUGGAGAACAUCAGCGACGACGUCAUCGUGGGCCGCUGCCUGGCCAUCCUGAAGGGGAUCUUCGGCAGCAGCGCCGUGCCUCAGCCUAAGGAGACGGUGGUGACGCGUUGGCGUGCCGACCCCUGGGCGCGGGGGUCCUACUCGUACGUCGCUGCGGGCUCUUCCGGAAACGACUAUGACCUCAUGGCUCAGCCCAUCACGCCCGGCCCCGCCAUCCCAGGGGCCUCGCAGCCCGUCCCGAGGCUGUUCUUCGCAGGGGAGCACACCAUCAGGAACUACCCGGCCACCGUGCACGGAGCCCUGCUCAGCGGGCUGCGGGAGGCGGGCCGCAUCGCCGACCAGUUCCUGGGGGCCAUGUACACCCUGCCCCGGCAGACCACAGCCCCGGCCGCCAGCAACCCCCCCCAGGCCCUGCCCGCCGCCGCCGUCUAGACCCGGACACACGCACUGAGACACACACACUGACACACACACACACACUCAUGGACGUCGGCGCCGACACGCAUACACACUCCUGACGAUGACGACUCCUGCCACUACUCCGAUUAAGUCUCCUCCCCCCCCCCCCCCCCCCCCCCACCUGCAUUUCAAGGCUUUGUCGCGCACACGCACAUACGCCCACACACGCAUACACCCACACAACAAGAUCCAAUAGAAAUGUGAAAUGGUGUGUUUGAGACGCUUUCUCGCUGGGAGGCCAGUCCUGUGGUUUGGUGUGUGUGUAUGGAUACACACACGCUCCUCCUUGUCAGAGUACAACGCUGCCAUACCUUCCAUAAAACAGUUCGGCUCGGCCACCACGACACGUGUGUAUUAUAAUACGUCAGUAGCAUUAUGGACCUGGGAUUUAGGAGUAAUGCUCAGAAAAAGUACAAGCAUUUUUUGUUUAGUUAUUCAGCUGUCCUAGUUUGGGGUAUAGUUAGAAAAGAGGAUAUAUUUAUACCUUAUCGAUGGUUCUAUGUAUAUAUAUAUAUAUCUACACAUUGGUAUGGAAGCCGAAGAUAAAGGCGCUAUCACUCCAUUGGAAUGUAUUUUCGGUUCAAUGUGAUGUAAAGGGCAUUUUCCUGGUUUAACUUGUCGCUGAAUAACAUUGCUAAGAGAAUGGUAGAUAUGUGGUGCCCAAAAACUAAAUAUUCCAUGUAGAAUGGGUAGUAUAGGGAGAAAAUAAAAUUAGAAAAAGAUUUUGUGAAUGUUUUUGUUACAAGUUUUAAAUGUCGUCACCAUACACUUUUUUUAUACAUUGUUUUUUUUUGUUAAUAAAAGAAUUGCAUCUCAA